UUGCAGAUCAACAAUCGCAGCAGUUGGUACUCACCGGUGAGCACUGUUCGACGUGAAGGUUCAUACAUCUACGAGGACUUCAUUCCAGCAGACGGCACUGAUGUCAAGGUCCCAUUUUCAUCUCCAUUUGUGAACUUGCACUCAGCGGCGUUGCAACAGUGUGACUAUCUUCAGGUUUAUGCAGUGGGCCCGUACUAUGCACAUGCUGAAGCCCGAAAAGCUCCUGGCCUAGAUGGGAAAGUUGAACGGGACUCGCAUGGAAAAGAAGUGCGGUAUCCCGUCAUACUGAGCAGCAAGGAGAAAUUGAUUGCUCGAAAAGUGGUCAUGGCGUUUGGGCAAACUGUAUGUGGUUUUGACUUACUGCGCGCGAAUGGCAAGUCAUAUGUGUGCGAUGUAAAUGGUUUUUCAUUUGUGAAGACGUCAACGAAGUACUAUGAAGACACUGCAAAAAUCCUCGGCAAUACAAUCCUGCGGCGACUUGCAUCGUCGUUGAGUAUACCUUGGCAAAUACCAUACCAGGAUGGUCAGUUUUUUGAUAGAAUUAUUGUGAGAUAG